CAAAAAAUCAUAUAAAUGCCAGCCUAAUUCUCUUCCUGAAAACCUCAUUGCCAACUUCCUCUUUUGUUCUGUUGCCAAUCCCUCGGACCCUCCGAUCUUCUCUCUCCUUCUCUCUCAACUGACGUUGUAAACGAGGAAAGAAUUGCACAAAUUACUUGUCAAACUCUUUUUUCAUCUCUUUUAACAAUAAAACACUAAUCUUUUUUCUAUUUUCUGCAACAAAAAUGGCUUCCACUCUUAAAAAUGUGGGAAUUCUUGCCAUGGAAAUCUACUUCCCUCCUACCUGUGUUCAGCAGGAAGCAUUGGAGGUUCAUGAUGGGGCUAGCAAAGGAAAGUACACCAUCGGACUCGGACAAGAUUGCAUGGCAUUCUGUACUGAUGUGGAAGACAUAAUUUCAAUGAGCUUGACAGCUGUGAACAAUCUCCUUGAGAAAUAUCAUAUUGAUCCAAAACAAAUUGGUAGGCUGGAAGUAGGCAGUGAGACUGUCUUGGACAAGAGCAAAUCUAUCAAGACAUUCUUGAUGCAAAUAUUUGAGGAACAUGGAAAUACAGACAUUGAAGGUGUUGACUCAACCAAUGCAUGCUAUGGUGGAACUGCUGCAUUAUUUAAUUGCGUAAACUGGGUGGAGAGCAGCUCAUGGGAUGGACGUUAUGGCCUUGUUGUAUGCACAGACAGUGCGGUCUAUGCGGAAGGAGCAGCUAGACCCACUGGAGGGGCAGCUACCAUUGCAAUGCUUGUGGGCCCAGAUGCACCCAUUUCUUUUGAAAGCAAGUUGAGGGGCAGCCAUAUGGCUCAUGCCUAUGAUUUUUACAAGCCUAAUUUAGCUAGUGAAUAUCCAGUGGUCGAUGGGAAGUUGUCGCAAACAUGUUACCUCGUGGCUGUCGAUUCUUGCUACAACCUUCUUUGCAAGAAGUACGAGAAGUUUGAAGGCAAGCAAUUCUCUAUCAAUGAUGCCGAGUAUGUUGUAUUCCAUUCUCCAUACAACAAGCUUGUACAAAAGAGUUUCGCCCGAUUGAUGUACAAUGAUUUCUUGAGGAAUGCCAGUUCCAUCAGUGAAGACGACAAGGAGAAGCUGUCCCCAUUUUCCAAUCUAUCUAUUGAUGAAAGCUAUCAAAGCAGAGAUCUUGAAAAGGUGGCUCAGCAAGUUGCAAAGCCCUUAUAUGAUAAAAAGGUGCAACCAACCACUUUGGUACCAAAGCAAAUUGGAAAUACUUACACAGCAUCUCUAUAUUCAGCAUUGGCCUCCCUUAUUCACAACAAACACAGUGAAUUGGCGGGCAAGAGGGUAUUAAUGUUUUCUUAUGGAAGUGGCUUGACAGCUACAAUGUUCUCAUUCCGGCUUAAUGAAGGGCAGCAACCCUUCAGCUUGUCUAACAUUGCAGCAGUUAUGAAUGUUGCCGACAAGUUGAAGUCAAGGCAUGAGUUCGAACCUGAGAAGUUUGUGGAAACCUUGAAGCUGAUGGAGCACAGAUACGGGGCGAAAGAAUUUGUUACGAGUAAGGAUACCAGCCUUUUGGCUCCAGGUACUUACUACCUAACCGAGGUGGACUCCAUGUACCGGAGAUUCUAUGCCAAGAAACCUGCGAAUGAUUCUAAAGUUGCCACAGCGAAUGGUUCAGUUGCCGCGGAGAAUGGUUCAAUUGCCAACGGUCACUGAUGCUGGGGAUUAGUUACAUGCCCAAAAUUACUGCAACUGUGAGAUUGAAGGUCUCAAAGAUGUUUGCAGCUUUGGGUGUAUGACAGUGUGCUGUUAUAAUAUUAGUUGAGAUGGAUAGAUAUUGUUUUGUCAUGCAAAUGUGAUUAUAAAUGUGGUUAUUUUCUGAAAUUAUUAAUGGUUCAUCCUACUAGUGUGAGCUUGUAAUGCUUUUCAUUAUUUAAACUAAUUUAUUUAGUGUUAGUGUUGUUUCUCAAAUAAAUAAAAAAAGGUUGCGUACGUUUGUUA